AUGGACUCGGACUCCAUGCCAGCUACCUCGGCUGCAAAGCCUUCUGGUACGACGCCGCUUCGUGAAGACUUUAUCACGAACGGCGUUUCGUUCUUACGACAUCCCAACGUCCAACAAGCACCGCUCUCUCAACGCAUCACCUUUUUGGAGAAAAAGGGGUUGACGCAGGAGGAAAUCACGGAAGCUUUUACAAGAGCCAAGAAUGGCUUGGAAAGCAGCCUUCCAUUCCACAGCUCCAGCACGCCUGCUAACAACACUAGCACCACCCCUCCCACCCAUUUUUCUCCCCCUCCUCCGACGCCUUACGCCGCGACGGAACCCCUUCCAUCUCCGCCCGAGCCUGUGGGAAUGUGGAACCAAGGCUUCGGAUACACGGUGCCUGGCGCGGUGGUAGCCGGGCUGGCUAUUGGGGCAGGCAUUACCCAUUUGUAUCGGUACCGACACCACCAAGAGCUCAUGCAGCAAGCACAGGAGGAGCAACGGCGCCAAGAAGCGGACGCGGACGCGGACGCAGCGGCACGACAAGCACAGGAAUCUCUGGAAAGAGAUGAGGGGGGGGGAGGAGACGUGCGGGCCGUGCGCUUCCAGGAGUCGGAGUAUCUCGUGGCUAGAGGGGACGCACAUUCCCUGCCCCCCGCUUCUUCCCUGCAGGCCAUCGCGGAGGCCAUUCAAGCCCAAGCUCAAGCUCUCACCGCCUUGGCUGAAGCCUCAGAGCGGAACCGGCAGGAUUUCCAUUCCCUUCUGAGCGGCCACCUGGCAAGCCAAAGCACCGAGCUCAGGUCGGAACUCACGACGCUCAAGCAAAUGCUUCUCUUGUCCGCGGGCGCGCCGGCGGCGGCAGCGGCC